GGUGCGUGCAGAACGCGACGAUGGAGGGAAGAGAAAGAGAAAGAGAAUGCGAGACAAACGAUGAGACCCAUAGAUGUACUCCAACAGGCAAACGACGUUCCAAUACGCGACAAGACAACGAAGAGUCGAGCAGCAAGCAGGCGGCAGCUUUCUUGCAGAGAGGUCUGGGUUGUGAGGAUGAUUCGGAGACAGUUUCGCGGGCAGGCAAGCCUCCUAAACGGUUCCGAACGAACUACACUCCACAACAGCUCACCAUCCUCGCCAAACAGUACGAACGCUCGCGCUAUCUCAGCCACUCGGAAAGAGUCGUACUGGCACAACGAAUCGAAGUCACAGAAAAGCAGAUUAAAGUCUGGUUUCAGAAUCGAAGGUCAAAGGACAGACAAGUAAUCACAAAAGCAGACAAACCCAGUCAACAAACAACAGCUGCAGCUGCAGACAGUGGACCCGGUGGGUCUCCAAUCGACGAGGCAACUUAUUUGAAGGAAAAAGAGAUGGUUUCCAAUGAAGAGAAUGUGUAGGAUUGCCUACUCUGCUGGAAACUGUAUUGUGGAUGGAUGCAUCUCUAGUGCUGAACACAAGAGAGAUCAUAACAUGCAACUAACUGUACAUUAUCAGCUCACUGCAUGCCCGCACUCUAGGCAUUCCUAGAAAAGUCGAUUGGUCGCAUCGCUCAGCUGCUUUCACCUACUCUACUUGGGGAAUUCUCACCACAAUUGUGCAAGACUCUGUGUAUACAAGAUGUCUAGAUAUAGAUCCUCUUGUAUGUCGGUACCGUAGCUAUACGGUACGUUUGUAUGGUGUAACACACGGAAAUGUCUUUGUGCGCUCUAGAUGUGUUUGUAUGGUAACUAGCGGUACGUACGUGCUGUAAUGCAGCUGCCAGGCAGCUUGUUGCAAUGAAUACCUACGUGGUUGUGGUGCUGUGUGCACGCGUUCUCUAACCUAUAACCGUUUGGACGUCUGCGGUAUACACGUAUGGGUGAUCGACACAUGCGUUUAGUCUGACCUUUACAGGCAACUUGGACGCGCUGCUUUUCGUGAACGCUCACCACCGUAGCACGUACCAAUGGUAG